AAAAGUUUCCCCUGUAAGGCCCUACUCUCGCAUUAUUAAUUCCUUUCUUGGCAAGUGUUGCUUCAAACACUGCAAUUUCCAUGGGUUUUAGGUGGAAAUAGGGAAAUCCUUCCACCUUUUCGAGGAAUAUGUUACUCUUCUUAAAAAGGUUGGCUCCCCACAGGAACCUCUCCCUAUUUCAACCUAAAAACUCUGGGAAAUGGCAGUGUUUGUAGGUAGAAAUAGGGAGAGGCUCCUGUGUGGGGCGGCUCUUUUUAGGGCAAGUAACACUUGCCAAGAAGGGAAUUAAUAAUGUGAGAGUAGGGUUACAAUGGACUGGUUACCGGUUACAAUGGACCAUAUGUUGCUUCCUUCCACCUUAUAGAGGUCUUUGCAUCACAUCAAUACUUGGUGGUGCAGGUAGCACAUGGUGUUUUUUGCACACCUUUCUUUUUCUUUCAUUUCAAAAAUGUUUUUGGGUACAUAUAUGUUAUCCUAAGAAUAUUAUUAAAAGUUAUGUUUUACGUAAUGCAUAUCCUCAAUACUUACUUGUGCACACUAACACUUUUACAAAAGAGACCAUUUCUUCUGCCUACCUGCCUCAGCUACUACUCUGAUCCUGCCACCCACCUGAUGCUCAAAUCUCAUGCCAAGUUCUCCUUUUUUCACCAACCUUUGUCACUGGUAUUGCCACCCACCGCCCCACUGUGUCACCGGGUCACUUUCAGGACUCCUGAUGCUUCUGAUGCCACCUCCAGUCUGUCUCAUUCUGCUACCAUAUGUUCUCCUCAUGCUGCUGCCAGCUCGAGGCUGUCUCAUUCUGCUACCAUAUGUUCACCUCAUGCUGAUGCCAGCUCCAGGCUGUCUCAUACUGCCGAAGAAAUAUAGUUGAUGAGACAACUAGAUACCAGUCCUCAAGGUAUAUGUAAAGGUAUAGUAAAGAAUAGAAAGUGAUCCAGAUACCUUUACAUAUACCUUGAGGACUGGUAUCUAGUUGUCUCAUCAACUAUAUUUCUUCUGCAUUUUUUAGACCUUUGGGUGAAGGUAACACCAGUUCACCUCAAGUAUAUGUUCCCACUGAGUGAGCUACACUAUCUUUUAUAUUGUCUCAUACUGCCACCAUAUGUUCUCCUCAUGCUGCUGCCGCCUCCAGGCUGUCUCAUUCUGCCACUAUAUGGUCUCUUCAUGCUUCUGCCGACUCCAGGCUGUGUCAUUCAGCCACUAUAUGGUCUCAUUUUGCUGCCGCCAACUCCAGGGUGCCAUUCAGCCACCAUAUGGUCUACUCAUGCUUCUGCCACCUCCUGGCUGUGUCAUUUAGCCACUGUAUGGUCUCCUCUUGCUGCCGCCAACUCCAGGCUGUGUCAAUUAGCCACUAUAUGGUCUCCUCUUGCUGCCGCCAACUCCAGGCUGUUUCAUUCAGCCAUUAUAUGGUCUCCUCAUGCUGCCGCCAACUUCAUGCUGUGUCAUUCAGCCACUAUAUGGUCUACUCAUGCUUCCACUACUUCCAGGCUGUGUCAUUUAGCCACUAUAUGGUCUCCUCAGGCUGCCACCAACUACUGGCUGUGUCAUUCAGCCGCUAUAUGGUCUCCUCAUGCUGCCGCCAGCUCCAGGCUGUGUCAUUCAGCCACUAUAUGGUCUCCUCUUGCUGCCGCCAACUCCAGACAGUGUCAUUCAGCCACUAAAAACGCAAUAAUGGACACUAAGAAAAGUACAUUUAAAAGGGAUUCAACUCACUACCAGAAAUAUAUUGUAUACACGUGGACACUGCAAAACCGUACACCUGCAACUCCUCGCUCGAUUCUUAAAACAGAACAGAAAACGCACCAGAAAAAUAAACGCAGUGCACACAAGCAUGAAUCAGAAAAACGCAGAGUGAGUUUUUCUGAAGGUGAAAACAUCCAGCUAGGCUCCAAAGCUGGAGCAACAUCAAUCAAGCCUUCUCCACACCUGCACAGACCAGCAGGAGAAAUUCUGGUGUAACCCAAUACCUAAAGGACGGAACAGAAGAGCUGGACGAAAACAUAGGAGAAACACGUUAUAAUCUGAGAUCCCUAAUACCGGCGAACUUUAUGAAGUCACUUACCUGAAGGCAUCCUCAUGGAUUCUUCCACAGAAGUUCCUUCCCCAUCUUCUGCAGGAUGCAUCUUGAGAGAUUCUUCAACUUCUUCAUUCUUCCUAGUUAAUUCCGAGUUCUACUUUCUUGUCAUAUUUAGGACUUUUAGACUUUGGUCUUCCUUGAUUACAGACCUUUUAUGAACUAGUCCUGAUUGGUGGUUUAUACCUUUACAAAUAGAAAGUGACAGUGCUCGAAGUUGAAUGGAUACUGAGUCUCAAUAAUUGCAGAUAAAUGUAUAGAAAAAAAUAUUUAUAAAAAAUCACAAUACACAUAAAAAUUAAAAAUAUAUUGAUGUUAUAUGUGUAUAUAUAGCUGUCUAGAAAAGCCACAGGGCCCUUCUGGCUUACUUCAAGCUAUAUUAUGACGUAAAAGCAAGUUAUAAAAUACAACGAAGCAUAAAAAUUGUAGAAUCCAAUAUAUUGAGGACUGCUGCUGAAUUAAACUGCAAUUCUUAUAACACUAUAUAGUAUUAAUGCAAUAGUCUCUAAUUAGAGCAAAACAUUUUCAAAUGUCCAGUAAUCCGGCAAAAUGACCUGCAGAUGCUUAUAAUCCGGCAAAAAUGUCUAUUAAAAGUAAAUGCAAUAAUGUAACCGCAGAAAUGUUUCUGUAACUGUUCAGCAAUGUUUUUAGAGGUCUUGCAACAAUGUAACUGCAGAGGUGUUCCAGCGGUGCUAUGCACUUAUGUCUGGCAAGCAAAUAACUGUAACUGGGUUUUAGGAGUGAAUAACAAAGCAACUCCGAUGUGGCGGUGCUGUAGUGCUGUCUCCUUAAAGAUCCGUGUAGGUCAAGUUCACGGUGAUGAAUCUCUGCUCGAAGGCAGAUAAGGAUAACUUUGGCGUCCUCGUGUAGUAAUUGAGCACGAGGAGCUUGCAGAUGGACAGAGUAUUAUCUGUCAAAUAAGAUUUAAAUCCGAGUAAGUGGCAAUUGCUCAACAGCAGCAGACCUCACUAGAUAGUGAUAAAGUCUUAAGUAUAGGGAGGCUGGAUGCGUUUCAGGAUCACCAUAGAUCCUUACCUCAGCAGCAAGGGUAUGAUAUGAUCAUAUCCAAAGGAUAGGGGAUAACAUGCCUGAUUGCAGGGCGCCCAGCUGCUGGGACCCCCCGCGAUCUCUGUGCUAAUGCUGCGGCAUUACAGUCAUGGAGGCCUGAGGCUUCUGUGAUCGCCAGUCAUUCGGCAUGGAGCGGAGUUCGCUCCAUGCAUUGGAUGGCUAAGGGUGCCGUGGCAGAGAACGCGGGAGUUCCCUAGCGUCUGGACCAACAGGAUCAGA